ACCUCACUUCUUUUCUACCUCCGAUUCGCCUGGGCACCAAGUUUCAUUCCACCUAUUUGUUCGGCUGCACAGGGCAACAGCUUACUGCCCAUUUCAUAUUCUGACAUCGCUAUUCAAUAUUAUACACGGCAUAAUCAACUACGAGUACUCGCGUCCUAUCCUUAAUAAACGUUUCGAUAAUGUCGACUCAAUAUACACGUGUCCCUGAAGACGAGCAUGACGACUCGCAAAUCCCGGAGUCACCCAUCCGCAGUACACCCCGCGUUCUCCAGCCCGGCCUCACGCUGCAUACGGACUCCAGCUACACAUACAGCUACGGACCGCCCGGACUCGCAGGCCUCUGGGCAAACGGUUUCGUCCUUAUAUGCGCGGUGUUCGCGUCGAUAGGCGGCAUGAGCUUCGGAUAGCUAAUGUCCUCGUGAUGGAUGAUUUCGUGAGACGGUGGCCCGUAACCCCAUUACAGAAGGGCGCGCUCACUGCGGUCUUGGAAUUCGGGGCACUCGUGGGCGCGCUAGCAUCAGGUGUAUUGGCCGACAAGUACUCUCGGAGGCACUCCAUCUUCGCGGCAUGUGUGGUUUUCACCAUCGGGUCCCUGUUUCAAUGCCUCGCUCAGACCAUCGUGCACCUCUUCAUCGGCCGCGCAGUCGGUGGCAUCGGGGUCGGCGCUCUCAGCAUGUUGUCCCCGUUAUACAUCUCCGAAAUCAGCCCGCCCGAAGUCCGCGGCACGCUCAUUGCCCUAGAGCAGUUUUCCAUCGUGUUGGGUGUGGUCGUCGGGUUCUGGAUUGGGUUCUUUACGCGGAACAUCCCUAGUUCGGCGUCAUGGCGGAUUCCCUUGGCCGUUCAGAUCAUCCCUGGCUUACUUCUCGCGUUUGGCGCCAUCGUCCUUCUGCCUCCUUCUCCGAGGCUGCUCGUUCUCAAAGGCCGAUAUGAGGACGCGGAGGCUAGCUUGAUCAAGCUACGUGGACGGGAUGACGAUUUGACCAGGCUCGAGAUGCUCGAAAUGCGUGUCGAAGCGACAUUGAUCAACGAAGCAGACGGGAAGCACUCGAAGCGGAACGAGUUAUCUUCCUGGGGUCGGCUGUUGAGCAAGAAGUACCGGGCAAGGACGUUGAUCGGCGUGUUGAUGAUGGUCUUCCAGCAGUGGAGUGGCAUCAAUGCCCUCGUGUACUAUGGGCCCACGCUCGUCAAGAGUUUCGGUCUCAAAGGCGACACGGUGGGGCUCAUUGUGUCUGGCGGCAUUGGAAUCGUCCAGUUUCUUGCUGUGGGACCCGCUAUAGUGUAUAUCGAUCGACUGGGCCGGAAGCCUUUACUGCGAGGUGGUAGUACUGUUAUGACGCUCUCGCACCUGACCAUCGCCCUCCUUGUGUACCAAUUCCAGUCCGACUGGGCUUCUCACCCAUCCGCGGCUUGGGUCGCCGUCGCUGGGGUCUACACAUUCACGUUUGCUUACGGAGUGUCCUUUGGCCCGAUCGGAUGGGUGCUGCCGAGCGAGGUGUUUCCGCUGUCUGUCAGAGGCCGCGGUGUGGCGCUUUCCACGGCCUCAAAUUGGAUCAACAACUUCUUCAUUGGCCUGGUGACGCCGGUGAUGAUGGACAUCUCUCCCUCGGCCACAUUCUUAACCUUUGCCUCGGCAUGCUUCGCUGCGUAUCUUUGGUCAACCUACGGAAUACCUGAAACAGCCGGGGUUGCUUUGGAGGACAUGGAUCGGGUGUUUGGAACGGAUGCUGGUCGCGAAGAUGCUGCCAGGCGCAGGCAGCUUGAGGAGGAGCUUGGGCUGCGAGCUUUGCUCGCGGAGAGUGCCGCUUCGUAGGGCUUCGUACGUCUGUGGCUUUCUUUCGGUUUAUCAUAUGUGCUUUCGGGACUCGGACCACCGAUACUAUCGCCUCGCAUGGGCCGCUAUCCUCCGUCUGCACUGCAAGAACGGCGUUCCUGGCAGCAUCUCCAUCCUAGCCGGAAAUAGCUUUAAUCUAAGUUUAGGCUAGAACUCGCCCGGCUAGAAGCCGUCCGAAGCUCUUCGGGUGACAGGUACCGGGCAGGAUUCAUAAUAUACAUAUGCUGUCCUCCGGGCUGCGUUCUUUCUCCCUUCCAUCGGCUUCUUCUCACCGUCCAGACGCCCGUUUACUGCUCCUUCCUUCCAGCCAUGUGUCGCAGCCUCCAGCUCUGUUUUACUGCUCUUCUCGCCGCCUCGGUGGCCGCAGCCCUCAGUGUGCAAGCGCCAACCGCGGUCGCCUCAACUCAGAUGACGAAUAUAACGUGGACCCCCGACCAGCCCUGCACCCCUUUCUCGGUUGAGCUCGUCCACAAAGCUUUCCACGACACGUUUGCCAUCGCCAACAACGUCAACUGCACCCUUGGCCAAAUCUCUGUCGUGAUCCCGGAUGUUCCUUCAGCAUCAGACUAUAGUCUCGAGUUCGUCAAUGUCACGGACAUCAAUGAUGUCUUCGCGACCAGCCCUGGCUUCUCGAUAGCCCCGGCACCCAGCACCUCAAGUGCUCCCCAAUCGAGCACUGCUUCUGUGCAGAGUGAUAGCGGGCUGGCUGGAAGUGCUACCUCAACGACGCCGGCGAACGCGACUCCCUCGUCCCCAGCAGCAAGUGCUGCUUCCGUAUCGGGAUCGGUGGCCUCAGUGGCGAGUUCCGCUGCUUCCAGUGCGGCCAGCGCAGCUUCGUCAAAUGCUGCAGUCGGUCGUGCACCAGGCACUGCAGGAGCAGCGCUCGCUGUUUCUGUGGGACUUCUCGCUGGCCUUUGGGUGUAGGGCGCAUGACUGUUCUAUGAAGCUACUGCUCCGACGUUGGACAUGACUCGUUACUCUACUUCCCCAUAGUGUGGUAUGCAGUCCUCCACACACAUUUAUGUGAUAUUUUCCUGGCGUGCACGCACGUGUGUCGUGUUGCUGACAAUGGCAGUGCCAAUGCUCUCCAUUUCACAAGAGGAACCCGCUUUUGGCUGUCAACGUUGGAUAAACUAGAUUAGAGUCCCCCUUCCUUUCAUUCCACUCCGACCGCCCGCUACGACAACGUAGAGAGUUGUAUAAGACCGAGGGAUGCUGACUGAAACGACACCCCUCCUCCCGUCCCUCGCCACGGCCGUCUCCGUCGUCCGCGAGCGUAAGGCUCGUUUCGAAUGGCUCGCACCGCUGCUCCUCAUUACCGGUCUCGCGCGCGGCAUGUCGAUGUAUGCACGAUUCGAGGGGUACCAGCACUCGAUAUGCCCCGCCGAACCGCCAUGGUCGCCCUGCGGCUCUUUCACGACAUGGCUGGCGCUGCCCACCACAUUCACGUACUCGCAUGCUAACGCUGAGUAUCUGCGCGUUUACUUCGACCUCUGGGCGUCGUUCGCGUCGUUCGUCGUGUCGUUCCUGACGAUCGGGUUUUGGAGCGGGCUCGGUGACAAGCGGGGGAGGCGGAUUCCGCUUCUUGGGGCCCUGUGUGGGCUGGUUCUUGGGGACCUCGUGCACAUUCUUCUUUCCUGGAUACACAUUGCACCCACUGAUGCGGGUGACAUAAUGUCUGUGGGGAUCAUGCUCGAGGGUGCGGUGGGCGGUGGAUAUCUGGGAUACUUUGCUGCAGCGCGUGCAUACGCCUUCGAUGUCGCUGAAACACCCAUAUCUCGUGUGACGCUUUUCGGGCUGAACGAUGCGCUGGGGCUGGCCGGGUUCUUCUUCGGCGCCAUUCUCGGACAUCUCGCAGGCUGGCGGAUUGCCUACAUCAUCUCUGCCUCUCUAGGGCUCGUCUCGCUCGCUUACGCGUUCUUGGUGCUCCCAGAAUCGCUCCCCGUCUCGAGCUCCCCCGCUUCCUCGUCACUUCCCGUUGCCGGCACAGCGAUGCCACGCCGUCGUCGGCGUGCUUCUCCACUUAUAUCCAUUGUACGGCCGAUUACGACGUUCUUAGGAAAUGGGGUCACCAAGAUGUAUCUGCCGACGUUCGGCCUCGCGUUUCUGCUGUAUUCUUUCUCUGCGGGUGGAAUGGAUAGCGGGCUCGUUGGAUAUACCACGUUCCUGCAUUCUCUUCCGACUUGGCUGGUCCUCCUUACACCCCACGUUGUGUCUCUACUCGCGCUGCUCAUCCUUCUGCCCCUUGCAGCGCACGUGUACACUCUCAAGUACCGGACGUCGUACCAGUCGUCGGAACUGCUGUCGGUCUCGUUCCUGCGCAUCCUGACGCAGAACGCCAUCUUCAUCGACCUUAUCUCGGCGCUGGGGAUCGUCGUGUUCUGUCUCCCGGACCACGCACACGCUUUGUACGACCUCCUCGCUGUCUUCCACCCACUGUCUGUGAUUGCGCGCCCGGGUAUCUGGGCGCUGGGUGCCGGGUAUCUCGUCUCGCUGGGCAAGGAGCUGGAGGUGGGCCGGUUCUUUGGCGCGCUGAGCGUCUGGAGCGGUUUUGCUGAAGUAGUAUCGCACUUCUUUUAUGGACCCGGGAGCGAGAUAUUUUGGUUCUCCACGUUCCUCCUCGUGACCAGUCUCAUGACGCUGCUGCUGUCGAAGUCAAUUCCAGGAGAGGAUGAGGAUGGUCCUUGGGAUGAUUAGAUCUAUGAUGGACUGCAGAUAUUUAUGCGUGCGACCAGUUCAACUUCACACAGGCUCAGGAUGAUACAAUCCGGUUUUCUUCAUUGUUCAUUCAUGUUUCUAAACGGAGCUCACGAUUGUAAUGAUUAACGCCACACCGGACCAUUUUCAAACAUGAGGGUUGCUCGUCUGGCCGCAUCUGGCCACCAGUGGACAGUGCACACUCCUCGGGGUUGAAUAUCAUCAUGUGAGAUAUGUUCAACUUUGCCCCAUCCCGAUAAGUCCCUGGAUCUUUUUCACGCAUACGAAAAGAUAGGCGCUCUACAAGUUCUUUCAGAGAGAGAUCUGGUAUGAGCUGCUUUCCCACAGUGUCAUGUGAAGCGGUGAACGGAAACCAAUUGCUCGAGCGGAUAAAAUCCGGCAUGCUGAUUGUUCGGGGAAUAGAAUUAAUGUUGAGCAGUGGCGUUGUUAUGUCUGCGUCGAUUAGUGGCUAAAUCACUUCGUUGUGG